UCCAGGGCUGCCCGCCAACUGAUGGAUCGGACCCAGUCCUCCACCUUGGAGGGCCGCCUGGAGGCCAUGAAGGAACUGGCCAAGCUCUCGGCAGACGUCACGUUCGCCACCGAGUUCAUCAACAUGGAUGGCAUUGCGGUGCUGACCCGGCUGGUGGAAGGCAGCUCCAAGCUCCUCUCUCACUACGGAGAGAUGCUGGCCUUCUCCCUGACCGCCUUCUUGGAGCUCAUGGACCACGGCCUCGUCUCCUGGGACACCGUCUCCAUCGGCUUCAUCAAGCAGAUCGCAGGGUAUGUGAGCCAGCCGACGGUGGACGUCUCCAUCCUGCAGCGCUCCCUGGCCAUCCUGGAGAGCAUGGUGCUGAACAGCCAGGCCCUUUAUCAGAAGAUCGCGGAGGAGAUCACGGUGGGGCAGCUCCUCUCCCACCUCCAAGUCUCCAACCAGGAGAUCCAGACGUACGCGGUAGCCUUGAUCAACGCCCUCUUCCUGAAGGCUCCCGAGGACAAGAGGCAGGAGCCGCUGGCCAGCCCCCUGGACCUGCCCUGCACC